GCGCCCGUGCGCCCCCCGCAGACUCUCUGCGGGACAACACCUGGCUGGGACAGCACUCUGCCUUGCACGAGAUCGCGGAUGAGCUGCGGCGGCAGCGGCGGUUGCCUGAAACGACGCCGUCCUCUCCGGCGGGUGACCGACCGACUGCCUGGUGGAAACGGCAUGGGUGUGUGGAACGUGAGCGAAGCCACAUUCCCCAAAUGGCGGAGUGAGUGAGGAUGCGACUCCCCAGUUCCAUCUUUGUGUCGGUGUCUCUGUUCACGGCCGAGACCACGGCAGCGCUCUACCUCAGCUCCACAUACCGCUCAGCUGGAGACCAGAUCUGGCAAGGGCUCACGCUCCUCUUCACGCUCGUACCAUCUGUGCUCGUGCAGCUGACCCUCACUUUCAUCCACCGGGACCUCGGCAGAGACAGACCACUCGUCCUGCUGCUGCACAUUCUGCAGUUUGGACCCAUCGUCAGGUGUCUGGAGGCGUUCUGUAUCUAUGGCAGUGUGGGCCGCGUGGAGGAACCGUAUGUCAGCAUCACCAGGAAGAAGCAGAUACCUCGGGGUCAGUCUGAGGAGGUGGAACGGCAGGUGGGGCAGGCGGAGGGGAAACUGUUUACACACCGUGCAGCCUUCGCCCGCACCUCUGUCAUUCAGGCCUUCCUGGGAUCUGCCCCCCAGCUCACCUUGCAGCUCUACAUCUGCAUCCUGCAGCAGGGGGUCUCCAUUGGAAGAGGCACACUGAUGGUGAUUUCCCUCCUGUCCAUUGUGUACGGCGCGCUGCGCUGCAACAUCCUGGCCAUUAAGAUCAAAUAUGAUGACUAUGAAGUGGACGUCCGCCCCAUGGCUUAUCUGUGCAUUUUCCUGUGGAGGAGCUUUGAGAUCGCCACCCGUGUGGUGGUUCUGGUUCUGUUCAGUUCUGUGCUGCAGCUCUGGGUCCUGCCUGUGGUUCUGCUUAACUUCCUGGUUUUCUUUCUCUACCCGUGGAUACUGUUCUGGCAGAGCCACUCUCCAUUCCCUGAGAAUAUAGAAAAAACUCUGACCAGGGUGGGAACCACCAUCGUGCUUUGCCUGCUCACCUUCCUCUACGCCGGCAUCAACAUGUUCUGUUGGUCAGCUGUGCAAGUGAAACUCAACGACCCGGACCUCAUCAAUAAGUCCCAGAACUGGUACCGCGUGGCAGUGUACUACAUGUUGCGUUUUGUGGAGAACGCCUCGCUGCUGCUGCUGUGGUUCAUCUAUAAAACUGACUUCUACAAGUUGACCUGUGCCCCCCUUCUGGUGCUGCAGCUGCUGGUCGCCUACGCCAUCGCCAUCUUCUUCAUGCUGGUAUUCUAUCAGUUCUGUCAUCCAUGUCGAAAGCUCUUCACCUCCAGCAUGCCCCAGGGUCUCUGGAACUGCUCCUCUCUGCUCUGUCUCAUGUGCAACUCUGAUUCACCACAGAACAGGCCCAUGGGAAAGUCACCCAGCCCCACCACAUGCCAAGAGACGGCUAAUGAUGGAGCCCACGACACAUCCAGCGACACCACAGACGACAUGCCUAAUGAAACUAUGUAUGACAUGCUCAAUGAUACAACAAUCUAUGACACAAGUAAUGAAAUAGGCAAUAAUAUAUGUGACGGAAUCAAUGGGGACAUUAACCACAGUGUAACCGGCAAGGCUUAAAGCAUCACAACCGUUUGACGUGCCAUCCAGAGGAGCAACUGACUCUGUAACCUUUUAAGUGCCACAUGAGUCCCUCCACGAGUUGAGUUUACACUUGGAAUCCUUUCAUAUAUCCAUCUCAACUCUGUUUUCUACCACUGUCUAUUACUCCUACAUGAAGCAAAUGUGUCCUUAACUGGAGAUGUGUUCUGUCAUCAAUUGUCUCAUCAGCCAACAUGCGAACCUGUCAUCCUGCAGCCUUUAAUACAAAGAAAAACACAGACACUGUUACUUCCUUUAGUUUGGGAGACCGUGUCCACUUAUAUGCUGCACUACUGAUCACAUACAUUUAAAUUGAUUGUAUUUAAUAGUGGCAUGGAGGUGUGCAUGUGUGGAGCCUCAAUGAACUUCUUUGGAGGUGUGGGGGGGGGUCUGUUUUGUAUAGGUUUGUUUACUGACCCUCCCCCCCAGUUUAAUGGCUGCAAGCAAUCAGCCUUUUUACUCCUUGAUAAGAGCUUUAUCAUUAAUAUGCACUGCUUCUGUGAUGUAUUUGCGCUUGACGAUGAGAUGUGAAUCUCCACACACAGCCUGUUUGAUCAGCAAACACGCUAACUGUAAAGCAUGACUUUGGUUCAAAUGUUGAUGAACAACAGCUGCAGUGAUGUGAAAUGCUUUAUUUGGAUGUAUUUGCAUUUUUCUAAUUAAUGCUUCUCUAUCAGCUCUGCGUCUGUGUGUCUCAUUAGUUAGAAUAUAAACACAAAUUGUGUGCACACAAAAAUCGAUUAUGUCUUAUUGAAUAAUGUCUGGUAUUUUUGCUUAUUUUCAACCUUUAAUGUGUGUGAAAGAGAGGGAAUGUCAGUGUGUUUGUUUUUGCACCUACUCCUUUUUGCAAUGAAUCAGCAGAGGGAUGACAACCUCGGGUAUCAAAUGAAUGCUCCCGUUUGUACAAAUAAGAUGAGCCAAAAAAAUGUGAAAAAUCUAUUGUACACAUCGGAUAUCCUCAUACAAAGCAAAAGAAAAAGGCAUUUA